ACCUGGUUUGCCAUCCCCCCCUCCCCCUCGGCCCCGCCCCGCGCCGCUGGUGCGAGCGCAGCGAUCUAAGAUGGCGACUGUGGAACCGGAAACCACUCCCAACCCUCAAACUUCAGAAGAAGAAAAAACUGAGACAGCACCUACUCAGGAGGUUGCCAGUCCUGAACAGUAUAUUAAGCAUCCACUACAAAACAGAUGGGCCCUCUGGUUCUUUAAAAAUGACAAAAGCAAAACCUGGCAAGCAAACCUUCGUCUGAUUUCAAAGUUUGAUACUGUUGAAGAUUUCUGGGCUUUAUACAACCAUAUCCAGCUGUCUAGUAAUUUAAUGCCUGGUUGUGACUACUCACUCUUUAAGGAUGGAAUUGAACCAAUGUGGGAAGAUGAAAAAAACAAGCGAGGAGGACGGUGGCUAAUUACACUAAAUAAACAGCAGAGACGAAGUGACCUUGAUCGCUUCUGGCUAGAGACACUGCUGUGCCUUAUUGGGGAGUCCUUUGAUGACUACAGUGAUGAUGUAUGCGGCGCUGUUGUUAAUGUUAGAGCUAAGGGUGAUAAAAUAGCAAUAUGGACAACUGAAUGUGAAAACAAGGAUGCUGUUACGCAUAUAGGGAGAGUAUACAAGGAAAGAUUAGGACUUCCUCCAAAGAUAGUGAUUGGUUAUCAAUCCCAUGCAGACACAGCUACUAAGAGCGGCUCCACCACUAAAAAUAGGUUUGUUGUUUAAGAAGACACCUUCUGAGUAUUCUUUCAUAGGAGACUGCGUCAAGCAAUCGAGAUUUGGGAGCUGAACCAAAGCCUCUUCAAAGCAGAGUGGACUGCAUUUAAAUUUGAUUUCCAUCUAAAUGUUGCUAAGAUUUGUGAGAAGUCUCAUUCGCCUUUGUCUUGUACUUCUGUGUUCAAUUUUUUUUCUAUUUUGGCUGAAGUAACCAUUAUUCAAUCAAAGAAUUUCAGUACACAUUAUCCCCAGAAUCCAUAAAUGUUUUUCUGGCCCACUCUGUAAUAGCUUAGUAGGAACAUUACUAUUACAAAAACAUUUGUUUAUCCACAGUAUUCAGAAAUGAAACUGCAUUUCUAGUCCUUGCAGAAAAAUUACUUCUGUUUUCCAUUUGCCUUGUAUGCAGUAACAUUUUGCUGGUUUGGAAAGAGUAUGGUGCAUACAGUUUUCUAGCAAAUUUUUUACACAGCAUUGUCUUUGCUGUAACCUAUGCUGAUGGCUGCUAGAUUAAUUUAUUUGUUUCCCUAUUUGAUAACAUUAGUGAUAUUUUGAUUUCAGUUGUUUUUGCUCAUGUAACAUUUGGUGAAGAAUCUGGGAAUAUGACAAAGGUGGAAUAAACAUUCAUUUUGUGCAUUCUUUGGUAAUUUUUUGUUUUUUUGUAACAUCAAAGCUUUGCUACAAAUUUAUGCAUUUCAGUCAAAUCAGUGAUCUGUUUGUGUGAUUUCCUAAACAUAAUUGUGGAUUUUUUUUUAAAUGUAACACCAUAAAUUACAUUCCUUACUAGAAAUAGUAUGUCUGUUUUUGUAUCUUAUGCUGUAUUUUAACACUUUGUAUUACUUAGGUUAUUUUGCUUUGGUUAAAAAUGGCUCAAGUAGAAAAGCGGUCCCAUUCAUAAUAAGACAGUGUACAAAACUGUAAAUAAAAUGUGUACAGUGAAUUGUCUUUUAGACAACUAGAUUUGUCCUUUUAUUUCUCCAUAUCUACAGCAAGUAUUUGUACUUCUUGUGACAAGGCAGUCUCUACUGUGGCUUCUAUUGUAGUGUAUCUUCCAAGAGAGAGUAAGUCUGGAGCUAUAGUUUAUUACUAUGUUUAUUAAAAAUUGUAAUAAAUCUAAUAGAUAGCAUCCUUCUCCAAAAUGGAAUUACCUUGAUAUGGCUAUUGUUUUUUCUUAAAGGGCAGUUUAACUGAUCUUAAUGUAUUGUGCUGCUUUCUGGUCAGUGUUCAUAGAAGUCAAAGUUGAAAGGGGGACAGGAUAAAAGUCUGGUUUCAGCAAAGUGCUGAGGUGAAUAAUUCUGCUUAGUGAUGCAGCUACAAUAUGAAGUACCAAUAAUACACAGUAAAGAGAAAUGGCUGUAAAGGAGUAAAAUAUAUCAAGAACUAGACAACAGAUUGUCUUUUUGCAGGUGUGUGGAAGUCUGCUUUUUGAUUGUGGAAGUUGGUUCAGAGAGGGGGGAGCUGGAGUUUGGACUGACUUAUGGGAAGGGGGAGUGGGCAAAACAGGAGGAAAUUAGAGUGUAAUGUUUUACAGCCAUGUAAAGGUGCACCACAGCAAGCUCUUUUCCAUUUCAAAAGCAUGCCAUAAAUAGCUUAGUGCUGAUCAGUGUUGUAUUGUUAUAUAACAAUAUUGUUAAACUUAGCAUUUAGGGUUAUUUAGGUGUAAUUCACUAAGUUAAUUUGGCUGGGUACAGGGGGUUGAAGAAGGAAUUGCAGUUGGUCAGCCCUGAGUUCACACUAAUGAGUAUUUUGCAUUUGCUAAAUGUGGCAAUUCAGAUUGAAAUCUUAUAUGAAAUCUCAUAUUAAAUAUUUAAUCAGAAUGAGAAGUAUGUUGUCCGUAUUUGCAUUUGGCCUUGACAGUACUAUUUAGGAGGAAGUUAAACUUGUUUGGCGAGAAUUGAGGUUGUAAUUGUCCAAUUUGGACAAUUUUUCUUUCAGAUGGAAAUUCAGAAAUUUUUUUCUCAUUAAAAUCUUGUUUGAAACUCCUAUCUUGACUCUUGUUAGUGUUCCUCUGUCAGAAAAAACUUAUUUUUACCAGAACAGAUUUUAUCUUUAGAGAAAUCCUGAGCUGUCAACUCAGUAAAAUUCUGCUUUUAACUCUGUUAAAUAAGGGUGUCUCGAGUGGGGAGAACUAGCCAAUCUACUAAUGUUACUAUGCAACUUAAAAGUUUGCAGUUUUAAUAAUAUUGUACAAAUUAAGUGGGCUAAUGUUGCCAUCUUUUAUAAAAUCCCUCAUUCUUAACUAAUGUAAUUCUUUGUACUUUCCAAACACGUUAGGUAUUUUAGUAUGUUUUAAAAAUUAAGUGUUUUUUUUUCUUUCCAGCGUCUCUCAUAUUAAUACCCUUUCAGAGGGAUGUCUAUUUUGGUCAAAAUUUGAGUUUGACUGUGAACUAUAAAAAUGCAUCACUGUAUGGUGUUCUCUCUAACUUAGACAUCCUGAAGCCAGCAAAGCAUAACACUUAGGAUAUGUUUCUGGAUAUGUUUCUUACUUACAAGUUUUCUAAUUGUAUUUUCUUAGUAUGGUACAUUUGUGGUUUUUAUUAUUUUUUUUAA